AUGUUGCAAGUAGCAGAAGAUGAUCAGCUAAAGGACAUGUGUCCCAUUUGCAAAACUGACAAAUACCUAUCUCCCAAUAUGAAGUUUCUUGUAAAUCCAGAAUGUUACCACAAGAUAUGUGAAUCAUGUGUUGAUCGAAUAUUCUCCCUUGGUCCCGCACCUUGUCCAUACCCCAAAUGUGGGAAAAUUCUUCGAAAGAAUAAAUUUAAACAACAAAUAUUUGAGAAUUUGGUGAUUGAAAAGGAAAUUGAUAUUCGACGUAAAGUUGGCGCCAUAUAUAAUAAGACGGAAGAAGAUUUCCCCAAUUUGAAAGAAUUUAAUCUGUAUUUGGAAAAUAUCGAAGAUAUUGUAUUUAAAUUGACCAAUGGUAUUGACGUUGAACAAACAGAGGCUGAAUUAACCCAGUACGAACAAGAGCAUCGAAUUGAAAUUAUUGAGAAAAAUAUGAGACAAUCGCAAAAGGAUGCUGAUUUAAUAAAGUAUCAAGAUGCAAUGGAACGUUUAAAGCAAGAAAAACUCAAGAUUCAAAAAAAGAUGGAGUUGGAAGAUUUGGAGUUUAAUAAAUUACAACAACAAGAUUUACUAGAUCGAAUGGCAAAUAGUUCAAUGCCGAGUGAAGAGUUGAUUAAACAACAACAAAAUCAAUUAACCAAACGAAAUCUGCAACGUAAACGUCAAUUGCAACAAAUUAAUAACCAACUUGAACAACAAUUUAAUCAAUCCAAUCCAUUAGCGAAAUACAAUGUUACGGAUCAAGAUGAGUCCAACUCGACUCCAUUUACUCCAUUCCAAGGAGAUAGAGAAGUUCACAAGAAAUAUGAAUUGUUGCAUAUACCUCAAACUAUUGAUGAAGUUGUCGAUACUGAAAAUACUGCAACUGGAAGUUAUCAUGAUCCAUAUAUAUAUGGAUUGGCGAAAAAUAAAGAGUAUCUUGGUGCUGGGUGGAGAGCCACCAAUGUUUUUGAACGAGCUUUGGAUGAGGCAUUUAUGGGAUUGGGAUGUAAUAUAGAAGCAGAAAAGUCCAUACAUGUAUAA